AUGCCCUCCCUAACAGUAGCAAUCUCCCAAUCCCGCACCCUCCCCACAACACCCCAAACCCUCGCCGCCCUCGAACGAACAACCCACCUCGCCGCCCGCCGCGGCGUCCACCUCCUCCUCUUCCCAGAAGCCUAUCUCGGCGGGUACCCGCGCACAUGCGCCUUCGGUACGGCGGUGGGUAGUCGGGACCCUCGCGGGCGCGACCAAUUCCUGGCUUAUUUCAAGGAUGCGGUUGAUCUUGGCGAUACGCCUGCUGGGGCUGGGGAGGAUUGGGUGGAGAGACGGUUGAGUGUUGCAGUGGGCAAGACGCAGAGGGGGGAUGGGACGAGGGAGUUUUUGGAGAGGGUUGCGAAGGAGACGGGGGUUUUUUUGGUUGUUGGGGUUGUGGAGAGGGCUGGGGGGAGUUUGUAUUGUUCGGUGGUUUAUGUUGAUCCGAGUAGGGGGACGUUGGGGAAGAGGAGGAAGGUUAUGCCGACUGGAUCGGAGCGUCUUAUCUGGGCUCAGGGUUCACCGUCGACACUUCGAGCCGUUACUACCACCCUGAACGGUAUACCACUGACCCUAGCCGCGGCAAUAUGCUGGGAAAAUUACAUGCCCCUCCUCCGACAGAGUCUAUACUCCCAAAACGUCAACAUCUAUCUCGCUCCCACGGCCGAUGCCCGAGACACUUGGUUAUCACUAAUGCGCACCGUCAGCCAAGAAGGGCGAUGUUUCGUCCUCUCUGCAAACCAAUGUGUUCGUGCCAACGAGCUUCCAGAUUGGGUUACCGGUCAAACCAAGGGAACAGAAUCAGGCGCAGUUCCCAGGAAAAUCGUUGCCUCGCCAUUGCCAACACAGGACAUGCCGAGCGGGCGAAAAUUAUCCAUCACACCAGAAGGUCCACAUGAAAUUGCCUGGCCUCAGUGCUCGACUCAUGCAGACAACCAGCCAGUUACUGAAACGACUACCUCAAUCUCAAAGAUUGACCUUUCCAGCUCUGACUCCGAGUAUAUCUGUCGCGGCGGGAGUUGCAUUAUCUCGCCCCUUGGCGAAGUCCUAGCCGGACCUUUGUGGGAGGUUUGUACCGAUGAUACACCGGAUAGUGAGGAGGCGGCUGUUAGUACUGCACCGCUUGGUAUGUCCGCUGCGGAGAGGGAGGGUGGUACUGGUACUAAUGCCGUUGCGGCUGGGGAUGGACUCGCUAUUGCGAAGAUUGAUCUGGAUGAUUGUGAGCGUGGACGAUUGGAUUUGGAUGUUGCGGGUAGCUAUUCGAGGAGUGAUGCGUUUAAGUUUAGUGUUGAGGGGUUGGAUUUGAAUCCCCCUCCUAUUUGA